AUGCUCAACAAGCAAAUCAUCUCCACCGAAAAGGCUCCGUCGCUUCCAAACAUCUACAAUCAGGCUAUCGCGGUGAACGGUCUGGUAUUCUGCUCAGGCACGAUAGCCAUAGACCCUGAAAGUGAAAAGAUUAUCGAUGGUGACAUCAAAGCACACACGCACCAAGUCUUGAAGAACCUCGCGGGGGUGCUUGAGGCUGCCAACACUUCGUUGGACAAUGUGGUCAAGCUCAACGUAUAUCUCUCCGACAUGGACAAUUUCACCGCUAUGAAUGAGGUAUACGUUCAAUACUUCCCGAACGAGAAGCCUUGCCGCACGUUAGUGGACCCGUUGAUCUCUCAUCGACGUAUAGCUAACUUCAAGACGAAAGUNUGCGUGGCCGUCAAGACACUGCCUUGGGGCACAGAUGUCGAGAUGGAGUGCACUGCUGUUCAGGCAUGA